AUGCCUAGAGACGAUUUAUCCAUCGACUUCGUCAGGAAGAUGCCGCCCGUCGAGUCGCUCGACCCGGCAUUGAUCCUCGAUGAGUGGAUCAACCGGACGCAGAACCUGCCCGAGGAGCUGCGCUUCCUGCAGGACGAGAUAGCAGACAAGGAUCGCCAGUAUGACAAGCUCGUGAGGGAGAUCGAGGACCGCGAUGGGCGGAUACAGAAGUGGAUCAAGGCGCAUGGCAGCCACCACCCGAACCCCAAGGAGGAGGAAUACCGGGCCACCAUCAGGAAGAACUUCGCACUGGCAGAGCAGCUGGCCAACGAGAAGCUCUCGCUCACCCAGAAGUUGCAGCAGACUAUGGAUAAACACAUCCGCCAGCUCGACAUGCAAAUCAAGUUGCUCUACGACCGCAGCGAACCCGGAUUCACCGAUCCGGACGAGCUGCCGUCUCUCGUACGCCCGAGUGCUGCCAAUGUCACGAAUGAGGCGCCCGCCCACCGAGGUGCAAAUGGCGCGAAUGCCACCGCCUCCCCGCUGGGUCCCAUGGCAAACGGCAGUCAGAUUCGGAUAACGAACGCUCAGGUACGGAGCGCCCAGGCACAACAGCUCGGCUCGGCAUCAGCGCCGGCCACCCCAGCGGCGAGCAUGAUCAUGAGCCGCCAGGCGCGCGAGAGCUCCGCAGGUCCCGGCAGCGGAGCCCCUAAGCGCGGACCCCGUUCGAACAGCGGCCUGGGCAACCUCCCUACGACAUCCAGCGGGCUGGCGCGGCAUUCCUCCCUCGGACCAGGCACACCCAAGAGCCACCAGACGGCCACCGGCGUUCAGCGCGCCGGUAGCGCAGGGCCGCGGGCGACAUCCAAGGGAGCCGGGGCCGGCGCCGGCCGCAAAGCAGGGACACCAUCCAGCACAGCAGGGCGCAAGAAGGGAACACCUGCGGCAGGCGGCGGAACUAACAAGUCCGGCCUGUCGCGCGUGAAGCGGGCCGCCAAGAAUUCGCCUUCCUCCACCGCGGAAAGCGAGCUCUCCGACGCCGAGUCCGGCAGCGACGACGAGAGCGACACGCGCACCGGCGGCCGCGGCACCCCCGCCGCGACGCUCUCCCGCUCCGGCUCGAACCAAGCCGACGACGCCAUGGACGUGGACGACGACGAGGCCGGCGACGAUAGGAAAUAUUGCUCGUGCCAGAACGUCAGCUUCGGCAACAUGGUGGCGUGCGACAACGACGACUGUCCCUACGAGUGGUUCCACUGGGGCUGUGUCGGGCUCAAGAGCGAGCCCAACGGCACGUGGUACUGCCCGGACUGUAGCGAGAAGUUGAGGAAGAAGGGCGGGUAG